AUGACACCUGGAGAACUAGCCCUUGCCAGUGGCAACCACACCCCGGUGACCCGGUUCAUCCUGCUGGGCUUCUCUAGUUACCCAGACCUCCAGGAGCUGCUUUUCGGGGCCUUCCUGCUCAUCUACGCCAUGACGGUGGUGGGCAACCUGGGCAUGCUGGCGCUCAUCCUCACAGACCCUCGUCUCCACAGCCCCAUGUAUUUCUUCCUCAGUGUCCUCUCUUUUCUCGAUAUUUGUUACUCCUCUGUGGUCACGCCCAAGCUGUUGGUCAACUUUCUGGCCUCCGAUAAGUCCAUCUCUUUUGAGGGCUGCGUGGCCCAGCUGACCUUCUUCGUGGCCCAUGUCACAGCCGAGAGCUUCCUGCUAGCCUCCAUGGCCUACGGCCGCUUCACGGCCAUCCGCCGACCCCUCCAUUACAGCGCUGUCAUGACCAAGGGGACCUGUCUCCGCCUGGUGGCUGCUUCUUAUGCACUGGGUGGAGCGAACUCCGCUCUCCAGGCUGGGGAUGUCUUUGUCCUGCCUUUCUGUGGGCCCAACCAGGUGGCACACUUUUUCUGUGACAUCCCACCCCCUCUCCGCCUGGCGUGUGCCAACACGGCCACCGUGAGAGUGGUCCAACGCGUCGUCUCUGCUCUAGUUACGCUCGUGCCCGCUGCAGUCAUCGUCGCCUCCUACGGCUGGGUCUUGGUGGCCAUCGGGAAGAUGCGCUCGGCAGCUGGGAGGGACAAGGCCCUCUCCACGUGUGCCUCCCACUUCCUGGCCAUUGCCAUUUUCUAUGGCACCGUGGUUUUCACGUACGUUCAUCCUCGUGGAUUCGCUAGUGACAUCAGUGGCCAAGUAGUGUCCGUCUCCUACACCAUCAUCAUCCCCAUGCUCAACCCCUUCAUCUGCAGCCUCCGAACCAAGGAGGUGAAGGGCGCCCUGCAGAGGCAGCUCCGGGCCCGCACCUGCCCCUGCUGA